AGCAGAUCUGCAGAGACAGAACUCAGCCUCCUUAGGGCUCCCCAGUGAUGGAACUGGCAUUGAGUCAACCUUCCUUCUUUGGCACACUCCUGAUGCUGGUGGUUUCAAACUUGCUCCUGUGGGAGAAAGCUGCAUCAAUUCCUGCAUGUAUGGUGGAAGACGGUGGCUGCUGGGACCCCCUCCGGGAAGCAUUUAACAGUGCUACCCAGAGAGCUGAAACCCUCCGUAAUCUAUCUGACCAGUUAUAUGUAGAGUUCUUCCAGAACCAAUUCUCAUCUAGACAGUUUGCAGAUCUUAGUUCACAACUGAUUAGGAAGGACGAGACUGUUCUCAAAGCUGGAACUUACUGCCAUUCAAAUCGUGCAAAACCCAAAUCUAGGGGAGUAAAUAUUGAUAUUGAAGAGUAUUUAAAAAUGUCGAUCAAUUUUGUGGGUUCAUGGAUCAGCCCUCUAUUCCAUCUGGUAAUUGAACUGAGUGCCAUGGAAGGUGUCCCUGAAACUAUCCUCUCUAAAGCUAAGGAUCUGGAAGAGAACAACAGACAACUUUUGGAUGACCUUAGGUGGAUACUCACCAAGGUCUUCCCUACAGCAGAGAUAAAGGAAGAAUUUCCCAGCUGGGACUAUCUUUCAUUCUUAAAAUCAAGUAAUAAAAAUCAUAAAUUUUUGGCAAUAUUUAACCUUUCCAGCUGUCUAGACUAUGACACAAAGUACACUAUACAUUAUCUCAAAAUAUUGAACUGUCUCAUAACUGGGAAAGAUUGCUAAGUGCACAUUUACCGUGUCUGCUUGGGAGAUGCUCUAAGACAGUUCAUUGUAGAGCAUUUGCUUUUAAUUGUAUAUAUUUCAAAUCCAUAUGUGGAUAUAAUGUAUAGGCUUUAAAAAAAUAAAAAAAUAUUCAGCCGGCACUUCAUGGUAUCAGCAAUAUUUUCUGUCUGGGUUUGCUGUCUGUAUAUAUAUGGCAAGUUCUAAAUGGCCAUUCCUUCAUUCUCUGCUCCAAAAUUUGUCACCAAAUCGAUUCCUAUGAAUAUGUCUGUUCCCCCUUUUAAGAUGGACUGAAGGGGACUGGAGAGAUGGCUCAGCAGUUAAGAGUAUUGACUGCUCUUCCAGAGGUCCUGAGUUCAUUUCCCAGUAACCACAUAGUGGCUCACAACCAUCUGCAAUGGGAUUUAAUGCCCUCUUCUGGUGUGUCUGAAGACAGUUACAGUAUAUUUGUAGCAUAAAAGAAUAAAUAAAUUAAAAAAAGAAGGACUGAAGCAUCCACA